GCUGUACGAAUGCGGGUGUUUCUUCCUGCGUUCGUUGGAGAUGAAGAGAUCGCGUAUGUUAAUGGAAUGAAACAUUUACUGACAUUGAUAACUAUUUAAGAAUGAAGCAGGAAUAUCAAGACCUUAUCUUGCAAGCCUGUUCAGCAAAGAGUUUACAGAUCGGUGCCAAGAUUCAGACGUUGUGGAGUGGUUAUGGUCAGAUUGUAAGGAUUCAUUUGCAAGGCUGCGACCGGCCAUCUGUAGUGGUCAAACAUGUGAUGUUUCCCCAAGAGUCCCGACAUCCAGGAGGCUGGAACACGGACAUCUCUCACCAGCGCAAGGUCCGGUCCUAUCAAGUGGAGAGUCACUGGUACCAGAACUACAGCACCAAUGAUCAGUGUCGGGUCCCGUUGUGCCUGGCGGCCCAGUCGUUUGGUGACGAGCAGCUGAUUGUUUUGGAAGACCUGGAUGCAGUGGGCUUUCCUGAGAGAAGAAUGAGUGUGCGGGAUGCUGAGGUAAAAGCGUGCCUCUGCUGGAUUGCCAACUUCCAUGGCCUCUUCCUGGGUGUAUCCCCACAGGGCCUGUGGCCUGUGGGCACUUAUUGGCACUUAGAAACGCGGCCCGAUGAGCUGGAGGCCAUGGCUGAUCAGAAACUGAAAGCGGCUGCCGGGAAGAUAGAUUCGAUACUGAACCUCUGCUGCUUUAAGACAAUUUUACACGGAGAUGCCAAACUGGCUAAUUUCUGUUUCUCUGAGGAUGGGUUACGCGUGGCUGCUGUUGAUUUCCAGUAUGUAGGAGGUGGCUGUGGAAUGAAGGACGUGAUCUAUUUUCUUGGCAGCUGUAUGGAUGAAAGAGAGUGUGAGAAAAGAGUUCCAGCCUACCUGGACUACUACUUUUCGGAGCUGAGAGUUUCGGUGAGUGAGCAGGUGAACUUUGCUGAGUUGGAGGAGGAGUGGCGAGGGUUAUUUGCCUUUGCUUGGACUGACUUUCAGCGUUUUCUCCUUGGGUGGAUGCCAGGACACCACAAAAUUAACAGGUACAGCAAGAGGCUUACGCGGGAGGUCCUGAGCGAACUAAAUCGAACUUCAAAGUGAAGCAGUGAUUCACUCAUUAUCAGACUGGAUAGAAAAGUAUUGUACUUCAUAUUUCAAUAGUGUCAGAAAUGUAUGUACCAUCUGUACUUGUGUGCUGACAAUGACUCAGAUUUAACUGUGUGUUACACAUUGAAAAUAAAAAACAUAAAUGAAUGAUCGUA